AUGUUGGUCGGAAAUAAAAUUGAUCAAGAAAGUAGCAGAAUGGUGUCACGUGAUGAAGGUAACAAAUUUGCAAAAAAAUAUUCAAUGCUUUUUAUUGAAGCAUCAGCGCGAACUUGUGAAGGUGUACAAAUUGCAUUUGAAGAGCUUGUUCAAAAGAUAAUUCAAACGCCAGGCUUAUGGCAAAAUGAUCAACAUUCACAAGGUUUUCGUCCUGGAGAUACUGACAAACCGACUGAGUCAAGUGGAUGUACAUACUGUUAG